UUUACCUCCUUCAUUACUUUUAUGUUUAUUUUUAGUUAUUUGUUUGUAUUCUAUUUGUAAGUUGCGGGUUUCUCUCUCUUUGAAGAUCUUUUUCAAGCCGAGGGACUCUUUGACCGCAUUCUCCUCUAUGGGUAUGAGCUGCCGUCGUUCUUCCCUCCCCAGACUCUGAUCAUAGUUUUCUAUGAGCGGAAUACACUGGGUAUGACGAUUAUGUUGAUGAUGAUAAAACAUCGGAUAAUUUGACCACCAAAUCCAGUAUUUACCUUUUUCUUAAAAAUACUUCAUUUUCUCACUAUAGUUAAAUCAGAGAGACGGAAUAGUAUAUAAUUAGAAAAAUAAUGGAUAAGCACAACUUAUAUAAUUCAUCAAUAGAUAAUGCAUAAUACAUGUAGUUUUGUACUACUACAUGGCGAAGACUAAUCUUCCUAAUUCAACUAAUUUCCCCAUCAUACCAUCAUGAGAAAAAAUAUUCUCUUUAUCCUUCUUUUACUUCUAUCUCCAACUUCAGCAUUAGCUCAUGAUAAAGGGAAAUCAAAAAAAUGGUGGUCAACCCCUUUAAUUGUAAUCCUUUACAUAGGAUUUUUCCUAAUUGCUGCCGGGGUAGCCCUUUGUAUACGUCAUUGCCGAGACCGCGGCCGUAACUUGGAGUACCACCAACAGGAUGCGGCCGCAGAUCGAGGGAUGGAUGCGACGGAAAUAGAGUCGCUUCCAUCGCUUAGAUUCUCGGAAAUGAAAAUGCAUAGGCUUGCGGAGGAAGAUCAGCAAUUAGAAUGCGCGGUAUGUUUAAGCGAGUUUAAGGAUCAAGAAGUUUUACGUCUAUUGCCGGGUUGUUUUCAUGUGUUUCAUCCGCAAUGUAUUGCGCCUUGGCUCGCUUCUCAUAUCACUUGCCCUACUUGCAGAUCUAGCUUGGAUCAUAGACAAGGAUCAAGUAUGAGUAGAUCUUCCAUAUUUGAUGGUAUUUCAAGCCGUUUCUCUCAGAGAUUUGAUGGGCUUUCAGGUCCUUUAUCCCAAAGAUUUGACGGUAUUUCAGGUCCUCUAUCCCAAAGAUUUGAUCAUAAUAACAAUCAUGAUGAUGAUGUUAUUGUUGAGAUUGAAGAGUCCUCAACAUCACAAUCAGAAGUUAAUUUGGACAGUUCACCAGUACUACUCAGUAGUAGUGUGCAGGGAAGAUUACCUUAUUAUAGGUCUUACUCAACAGGUGACUUAAUGAUUUACAUGGCACGACUAAAUAGUUGUACAUUGAGUUCAUCAUUGCUUAAAGAAAGUAGUCCCAAGAGUGAUUAUAGGACAAUUCUCAAUAAACAGCAUGAUAAUUGGGGCUCCAUUUCUUCUAAAUCAGACAGAUUUGUUGACUAUUCUUCAUUAAGCUCUACGUACAUUCGAGUAUGAUCGAUAUUUUGGAUCAGGUCACUUUCGGGUUGUUUGUGUGCGUAAAUAGCAUGUCAAACUGACACAUCGAGUGUUACUCAAUUUCGGUUGAUCGGGUUAUACUUAAACUUUAAUUUGGAGCCUUAGAGAAGGUGAUGGAUGUUUAAUUAGCUAGAAAUUGAUUUUUAAAUGUUAAUACGUGUAAAGAUGAAGUCAUGAUAGACAAAUAAGGUAAAAAUUGAAAAGCAAUUACUCCAUGUAUGGAUUGUUGAGUCUCACUAGACUAAAGAUUUGUGCUUUGGUAGAAUAAGGUUUUUUCUCAUGCCUAAAAAAGCAUUUGUGUGGUGUUUAUUGUUAAAUUGAGCUGAAUUUAUUGUCAAUGCUAGAAUAUAAAUGGAAAAUACGAGGAACACACUUCAUAUGCCGAAGAGAUAUCAUCCAAAAAUUAUAUGACAAUGGAGGAAAGGCUUCAUUGACUUAUAAAGAAUGCACACUCUUUAAUUCAUUGAUGUGGUAGAAUCCAUCCCAACACCCUCCGCACAUGAGAACCGUGUCAAGUUUGCAUGUCAGAGUAAUCAAUUAUGGU